AUGCCUGGUGCCGGCGCCACAACCGUGGAAAACUCGUGCCAGGCUCUGUGCCGCUCCUUGGUCUCUCACAACGGCCUUCAGCAAGACAGCGUGGACAUCUCUAAAUCCGUGCUCUACACAUCCCUUAUGGGGCUGCUACUGGUCACAGACAAAGAGAAAGAAGUAAGCCUGAGUCUCGGUAACGGACAGGUCGGACUUCUCAAUGUGGGGAACACGUGUUUCCUCAAUGCUGUGGUCCAGUGUCUGUCUCACACUGAAAGUCUCAGAUACUACUGCCUAACCAAGGCCUACCAAAAGGAAAUGGGCUCGAGCAAAGAGCCAAAACUGAUGAACGCAUUCACUCAAGUCUUGGCUGACCUAUGGGAUGUCAACAGGACAGACGCCCCAGUGAAUCCUGGCAAAUUCUACAAUGUCUUCAAAGAAUCCGUGCCUUACUUUAGUGGCUACAGUCAGCAGGAUGCGCAGGAGUUUCUCCGCUUCCUGUUGGAUCGGCUGCACUCUGAAAUCAACCGCUGCCUGCCCAAACGUGCUGCAAGCUCCUCCCCCCGGGAACCCCCGUACGCAAAGAUCAGAAUUGAAGAGGAAGCUGCAAUAAUGUGGAAAAGAUACCUUGAGCGAGAUGACAGCAAGAUCGUUGAUCUGUUCUCUGGUCAACUGCGCAGCUCUUUGCAUUGCUCCGUCUGCUCGCACUAUUCAACUACCUUUGACGUCUUCUGUGACCUGUCAUUGCCCAUUCCCAAGAGGAGUGUUUCUGGGGGAACUGUUUCGCUGAAGGACUGCCUCGAGCUCUUCUCCCAGGAGGAAAAACUGGACCGGGACAAUGCACCCAUGUGUGAGAGAUGUGGCAAGCGCACUGAGAGCACCAAGAGGCUUACCAUCCAGAGGUUCCCGAAGGUCAUAGUCCUACACCUGAACCGCUUUGCCAUGUCAAGAUACUCCUUCUGCAAAAGCACAGUGUCUGUGUCCUUCCCGCUGACACAGCUGGACCUGGGGCCGUAUGGACCUGAUGGCAUUGGGCCUGUUCUGUAUAAUUUGUAUGCAGUGUGUAACCACUCUGGCACGGCCAACAUGGGACACUACACUGCAUACUGCCUGGAGGAGUCUGGCUGGUACUGCUACAAUGAUGCCAGGGUCACGCCAAUCUCUGAGUCUCACAUUCAGUCCAAUCAAGCCUAUGUGCUUUUCUAUCAGCUGGACAGCAGUAGCUGCCAACUGAAAAAAUGA